ACCAGAGAUGAAACUAGGAUGGGACUUGAGAACUCACCUUAACCGGCAUCUCUCAGCGUGGAAGAACUCUGAUGAUCCAUCUCCUGGUGACUUUAUUUGGGAAAUUGAACUACAAGGUAAUCCUGAGGCUGUGCUCUGGAAAGGCUCACAGAAAUACUUCCGGAGUGGCCCCUGGAAUGGCAUAGGAUUUAGUGGUGCCCCAUAUUUAAGUCCUGGUAACCUAGUUUUCAGUUAUGAAUUUGUCUCCAAUGAAGAGGAGGUCUACUACAUGUUUUCCCUCAAAAACAAGUCUGUGCUCUCAAGGAUUGUUCUGAACCAAACUGACUACACCAGGCAGAGAUACACAUGGAGUGAAGAAACUCGAACAUGGAAGCUUUUGACAUUUGUACCUAACGAGUAUUGUGACAAAUAUGGCCUUUGUGGUGCAUAUGGGAAUUGUGACAGUACUCAACUUCCAGCUUGCCAAUGUUUGAAAGGAUUCAAGCCUAAAUCACCAGAUGGAUGGAGCUCUGGGGACUGGUCUCAAGGAUGUGAGAGAAACAAGCCAUUGAACUGCCAAGCAGGCGAUGGAUUUAUCCAAUUUAGAAGGUUGAAAUUGCCUGAUGCUACCCAUUCAUGGGUAAACAAAACUAUGAGCAUCAAGGAAUGCAGGGAUAAAUGCUUCCAAAACUGUUCUUGUAUGGCAUAUAGUAGUUUGGAUAUAAGAGGGAGAGGUAGUGGUUGUGCCAUUUGGUUUGGUGAUCUAGUUGACAUUAGACAGUAUCAAUCUGGUGGGCAGGAUCUGUUCAUUAGGAUGUCUGCUUUGGAAUUAGGAUCAAAGGGAAAUGAGACUAAGUUGAAGAUAGCACUGAUAAUUGCAACUCCACUUGCUGCACUUCUGGCGAUGCUUAUUUUAUGCCAUUACUUCUGCAAAAGCAGAAGCUCAGGAGGGAGAAUCAAAGAGAAGAAAGAAAAUGAUAUAAAGAAUGAAGGCCCAGAUGAAGACAUGGAGCUUCCAGUAUUUCAACUAGCUACAAUAUCACAUGCAACUGAUAAUUUUUCACUCAGCAACAAGCUGGGUCAAGGGGGUUUUGGACCCGUUUUCAAGGGGAAAUUCCUGGAUGGGCAAGAAAUUGCUGUGAAAAGGCUUUCCCAGAGUUCUGGACAAGGAGUGAAUGAGUUCAAGAAUGAGGUUAAAUUGAUUGCCAAACUUCAGCAUCGGAAUCUUGUUAGGCUUCUUGGGUGUUGCAUUGAAGGGGAGGAGAAGAUGCUGGUUUAUGAAUACAUGCCUAACAGAAGCCUGGACUCAUUCCUUUUUGAUCAAACAAGGGCAAAAGAAUUAGAUUGGACCAAGCGUUUCAAGAUUAUCUGUGGGAUUGCGAGGGGACUUCUCUACCUUCACCAGGAUUCCAGAUUGCGGAUUAUUCAUAGAGAUCUCAAAGCUAGUAAUGUUCUUCUUGAUGAGGAGAUGAACCCAAAAAUUUCAGAUUUUGGGAUGGCCAAAACUUUUGGAGGAGAGCAGACUGAAGGGAGCACAAGCAGAGUUGUUGGCACAUAUGGUUAUAUGGCACCAGAAUAUGCCAUAGACGGGCAAUUCUCCGUAAAGUCGGAUGUCUUUAGCUUUGGCAUAUUAUUGCUGGAGAUAAUAAGUGGUAUUAAAAAUAGAGGGUUUUUUCAGCCAAAACAUAAUGUUAACCUCAUUGGACAUGCAUGGAAAUUAUGGAAAGAAGACAAUCCUUUAGAACUUGUAGCUGAAUCCUUGGGAGAGUGUUUCACUCUAUCAGAAGUUAUUAGAUGCAUCCACAUCAGUUUUUUAUGUCUUCAACAGAAUCCUGAGGACAGGCCUCCCAUGUCAUCGGUGGUGAUGAUGUUGGGAAGUGAGAUCAAAUUGCCUCAGCCAAAACAGCCAGGUUUCUUGCUUGAAAGGACUGCACUUGAAAUGGAUUCUUCAACAAGUAAGCAUGACUCGACCUCAGUAAACGAAAUCACCCACACGAUCUUGGAGGCUCGGUAAAGGAUUAUAUAUAGUGAUGUAUGUCAUGACCAGAACAUUGUUCAUGGGUGCAAUUAGUACCUUUUUAUGUUUUUUCAACUUUAAGACUAAAUAAAACUUGGGCCCUAAACUCCAAUGCAAAAACAUACCCUUCCAGUUCUUACUCAAACAUCAACAGAAGGACUUACGGUCCACCCAGAAGCUGUCUUUUCAUACAUAUGUGGUUCGUAACCAAUUUCAUUUUAUAUUGAAAAAACAAAUGAAACCUUCUUAGAGCCUGAAUUUCCCAAAAUGUAUAAAUUUGUUGGAACUGU